CCGGCUCUCAUGAAGAAGAAUGUGGAGGCUGAAGAUUGCGGAGGGUGGCAACAACCCUUUCCUGUUUAGCACGAACAACUUCGUGGGAAGGCAAGUAUGGGAGUUUGACUCUAAUGCCGGUACACCUGAAGAGCUAACCGAGGUUGAAGAGGCUCGUCAAAUAUUUUACGAGAACCGCCAUAACAACAGGAACUGCAGCGAUCUUCUAUGGCGACUGCAGUUUUUAAGAGAGAAAAAUUUCAAACAAACGAUUCCCCAAGUGAAGGUGAAGGACGGUGAGGAAAUGUCGUAUGAGACGGCCACAAUCGCGAUGAGGAGGGCCGUCAACAUCUUUACAGCCUUGCAGGCCAGCGACGGCCAUUGGCCUGCCGAAAAUACUUGUGGAAUAUAUGCACUUCCUCCCAUGGAAAUUGCAGUAAGUGGUCGGAUCUCUCCGAAAAACACCAAGGUCAAUAGGAUCUCGCUGGAAAACAACAAGGAUUGGUCGAAACCCACCGCAAAACACCAAGACUUUUAUGCCACUUCAAUUGGACAGCCAUUCUUUAUGCUAUCUACUUGGAUUGAAGAUCCAAAUGGGGAUUACUUUAAGAAGCAUCUUGCUAGGAUACAUGAUAUCUUAUGGGUUGGAGAAGAUGGAUUGAAGUUGCAGGCUUGCGGUAGCCAGGUUUGGGAUGCUAGCUUUACCAUCCAAGCUUUGCUCGCUACUAAUCUCAGUGAUGAAAUUGGACCUACCCUUAUGAAAGCACACAACUUUCUAAAGAAAUCCCAGGUCAAGGAUAAUCCUCCUGGAGACUUUAGAAGGAUGUUUCGUCACAUUACUAAAGGGGGAUGGACGUUCUCUGAUGAAGAUCAUGGAUGGACUGUUUCUGAUUGCACUGCAGAAGCUUUAAAGUGUUGCUUGUUGCUAUCUAUGCUGCCACCCGAAAUUGUUGGUGAGAAAAUGGAGCCUGAAGAGUUAUAUGACUCAGUCAAUUUCAUACUCUCUCUACAGAGUGAAAAUGGUGGUGUACCAGGCUGGGAGCCAGCAACUGGUGCGUCGUGGUUGGAGCUUAUUAAUCCUGUAGAAUUUCUUGAGGACAAUGUCGUUGAGCAUGAGUAUGUUGAGUGCACUUCAUCAGCAAUACAAGCAUUGGUUUUGUUCAAGAAAUUAUAUCCAGGGCAUAGGAAGAAAGAGAUCGAAAUUUUCAUCAGAAAAGCUGUACAGUACCUAGAAGACGAACAAAAGCCUAAUGGCUCAUGGUAUGGGAUUUGGGGAAUUUGCUUCAUAUAUGCAACCUGGUUUGCACUUGUAGGGCUAGAAGCUGCUGGUAAGACUUAUAACAAUUGUCUGGCAACGCGAAAAGGUGUAGAAUUUCUACUCAAAACACAAAAUGAUGAUGGCGGUUGGGGAGAGAGCUAUCUUUCAUGCCCAAACAAGGAAUAUACGCCUCUUAAGGGAAAUAAAUCAAAUUUGGUGCAGACUGCAGUGGCUUUGAUGGGCCUAAUUCAUGCUCAGCAGGCACAAAGAGACCCUACUCCUCUUCAUCGUGCAGCAAAACUAUUGAUCAAUUCUCAAAUGGAGAGUGGUGAUUUCCCCCAACAGGAGGUUAUCGGAGCAUUUAUGAAGAAUAACAUGCUGCACUACGCACUUUUCAGGAGUACCUUCCCAUUGUGGGCACUUGCAGAAUAUCGCAAUCAUCUUUCAUUUUCUAGCAAACCUAUUUAAACUAUACAUCAUAGAUUAUAAGGUGUAUGGAAUUAACAAAGCAACUUAUGAAGCAAGUUGAUGAACUAUGUUGUAUCAAAGUCUAUAUACAUAGUCCAAGGUACAAGGACAUGCAACGAAUUAUUCAAAGUCCAUGCAUAUAGUCCUAAGUGAUUGAGACAUAGCAUGAAAAAGAAUAAACAAGUAAAUGAUAAAGGUCUAUGAAAAUACAUUUUCUAGUCCAAUAUUUUCUUAA